AUGGCUUCAAAGCGUAUUUUGAAGGAACUCAAGGAUUUACAGAAGGAUCCACCUACUUCCUGCAGUGCAGGUCCUGUAGCUGAAGAUAUGUUUCACUGGCAAGCUACAAUAAUGGGACCUGCUGAUAGUCCAUAUGCAGGAGGGGUAUUUCUAGUUAGUAUCCAUUUUCCUCCUGAUUAUCCUUUCAAGCCCCCUAAGGUUGCAUUUAGGACCAAGGUCUUUCAUCCCAACAUUAAUAGUAAUGGAAGCAUUUGUCUUGAUAUCCUUAAAGAGCAAUGGAGUCCUGCUCUUACCAUUUCUAAGGUACUGCUCUCCAUUUGCUCAUUGCUGACUGAUCCAAAUCCUGAUGAUCCUCUUGUUCCGGAGAUUGCCCAUAUGUACAAGACUGACAGAAGCAAAUAUGAAGCUACUGCUCGCAGCUGGACACAGAACUGCUUGGGAUUAAAGGUUUGGAAAUCAGAUAUGGGACUUUGCUUGGAUAAGUAUAAACAUGACGCAGACGAUGAUGAGCCACAUGUAGAGUUUGCUGGUGGUAAUGUGCACCUCAUUACCACAAAAGAGAGUUGGGAUCAGAAGCAGUCAGAAGCAAGUAGGGAUGGCAAAAUUGUGCUUGCGAAUUUCAGUGCAACAUGGUGUGGUCCUUGUAGACAGAUUGCACCAUUCUACAACGAGCUUUCUGAAAAAUACCCUUCUCUAAUGUUCGUAUUGGUUGAUGUUGAUGAAUUAUCUGACUUCAGUACUUCAUGGGAGAUCAAAGCUACUCCUACUUUCUUCUUUCUUAGAGAUGGGCAGCAGCUGGACAAGCUUGUGGGAGCCAACAAGCCAGAGUUACAGAAGAAGAUAACUGCUAUUGUAGACUCAUUGCCCACUAGUGACAAAUGA